GGCAGUGCGGCCAAGGAAAUCUGUCAUACGGGGAGUAAGCCGAUGCGGUUCACGCGGUUCACAGCAUAUAGGUCAUAUUUUUUUGAAAAAAAAUGUUCGGAGUGUUUACCAUCAUUGACAGGCAUUGAUCCAAGAGUGAACACCAUCUACGACCCAUAAUUAAUUACUCAAUUAUUUAUUCUACUACAUGCAGUCUUUGGAGAGGGAAUUGCAAGAAAUAAAAACAACAAAUACAUGUCACACAAAUGAAAAUUAUCAGGAGAAAAUCGACGAACUUAAGGCCAACCAGAUAACAUUGAAGCACAUAAAUUCGGAGCAAGUUGACAAAAUUUGUUGCCUAGAAAAACAGCUUGAAGAUGCUUGUAAUGAAAUAGCAUCCGUGAAAGCACAAUUGGCAGUUUUCCAAGAAAAAGUAACUUGCAUAGAAAGCGAAAAUAAAAAAUUAAAAGAAACUAUAUUUGAGCUACAAAUAUUGCUUGAUGACCACAUGUUAAAAGUAGCAGACCUGCAGUCAAAAUCAAGCGAAUUAGAAGCGUGUCGAGCAGCAUUUUCUAUCGAACAAUCUACUAACAAGGAGUAUGCCUUCACAAUUGAAAGGCUUAACAAACUAGCUGACGGACAUUCAAAGGACAUUGAAAUACUUCGUCAAAACGAAUCAGAGCUUUUGGCGCUCAAUGAAAAACUUAGUUUUUCCAACGUUAUUCUACAAAAUGAGAUUUCACUGCAUCAAUCGAAAUCCUUGGCGAUAGCUAUCGAAAAUGAUUCUGUAAAAAAGUCUCAGGUAGAAUACGAAGGCAAUGUUCAAAGACUAGUUGACAAAAUAAAUUUGGAUAGAAAAAAUCUCGCUGAAGAGCGUUUGACUGUGGCUACUCAUGUAACAGAAAAAAACAGAGAAUGCGAAAUGCUCAAAAAGCAACUUGAACAAGCACUUGGAGAUUUGGAUGCUGUCAGGAAGAAAAACUCAUUAAUUGUUAAGGAUCUUCAGAGAGAAAUAUCCACGCUCAAAAAAAAAUUUAAAACGGAAGCUGACAGUUCUGAAAUUGAAAGAUCACCAUCUAAAGAUAACCUUGAGCCGAUCUAUGAUUCACAGACAGAACAGGAAAAGCAAUGUUUUGAAGCGGAAACUCAGCUCAUCUCAGAAUUCGGCUUCAGCAGAUGCUUCUCCGGUAUCCUUGAUCGUGACACAUAUCAGCCAGAACCCCAACGUCAACGUGGUUACCUGCAAUUAAAGAAUGAAAAAAAAAACGACAACUUGGAAAGCUAUCGUGUAAUUAAUUGAUUGAAUAAUACACCUGGAAAUAUACCCUGCAAUCUUCCCAGAAAUUCUAUUAGGAGCUCUAAUACAAGUCGUAUAGGUUACAAGCCUAUCGUUUCUUAAAUCAUCACUUCAAAAAGAUUGAAAAUCUAAACAAUUCCUAAAAUUCUUUUGCUU